GCCUAUGGCAGCCCGAGCCUUCAAUAAAAAAUUGAUUUCUCCAUUGUUAAAGUCGCAGGUGUUUCUUCAAAAAAAUAGAAAUAGCCGUGUUAUCAAAGUCUAAUCAGUGUUGUUAAAUUUGCAGUUUAUAAAAUGGGUGACGGCCAAAGUGAAAAUCAACCCCUAUUAGGGGAUGAGGAGGAGGUAAAUGUGGUGAGCACGAUAUCGCCGAUCGGUCCCGACGAGCUCCCUCCGCCUUACCAGCAAGCGGGAAUGCCCUUGGUGACGUGCCGCGUGUGCCAGGCGUUAAUCGAUAUAUCCGGGAAGAGGGAGCAACACGUCGUGAAAUGCGUCGCGUGCAACGAAGCCACGCCUAUAAGGAACGCGCCACCAGGCAAAAAGUACGUGCGAUGCCCGUGCAACUGCUUGCUGAUAUGCAAGUCGUCAUCGCAGCGCAUCGCGUGCCCGCGCGCCGACUGCAAGCGCAUCAUCAACCUGGCGCCCUCGCCCGUCACGCCGCCCGUGCCCACGCUGCCGGGCAUGUGCCGCGUCGUGUGUGCGCACUGCCAGGACACAUUCUUGUACCAGUUGCUGAAGAACGCGCCGGUGCGAUGUCCGCACUGCCGUAAGGUGUCGUCAGUGGGCCCACGCAUGGCGCGCCUGCGCGGCUGCAUCUUCGCCGUGCUCGCGCUCAUCGUGCUCGCCAUCGCGCUCGGCGUCACGCUCGGCACACUCGCCGCUGCCAAAAGCCAUGGCACCGGGAUAUAUGUAGCCUACGUCGGCGCUUUCCUUCUAGCCUUCCUCCUGUUCAGUCGAGCCGUGUACUACUUCGCCAUGAAAGUCAGCACCAUCGAGGGCCCCAUGUAGAACUCGCACUGAGCGUGAUCAAUUUGUGAUAACCUAUGACUAGGAAUCUUUUAUAAGAAUUUGUUAAUUCCAUAUAGCAUUCUUACGUUGUAAUAAUGAGUUUCGAGUCUUCAAAUUAUUCGUUAUCUAAAAUGCCAUUUGUACCGUUCGCUUUCGAGGCAGAUUUAUUAAGGCAGUCUCUAUUAAAGCAUGAGGAAAAUUGGUUUCUGAUAAAUACGUUGAGAUUACCUAUUUAAAAUAUUGGUUGACAUUUUUAUGAUGACGGAAAUUUAGUUGUAGGCAGGGUUGUUGUGUAAAUUAAUAGUAAUAUCUUGAUUUUGAUACAUAGUUAUAUAAAUAACGCAUAUAUCUAACUGUAAGUAUGUAAACUAUAUAAUCUUUGUGUUGAUCGAAGUGUCUCAUCUAUUUAAUGGUGCCUGCACAGUUUAUUAUAUAGGUCUGUUAUAAAUUGUAUUGUAACAUAAACAAUGCCAUUCUUUACGUUAGUGAUGAAUUUUUAUUUUGAGUUUCGGUGUAAAACUAAAUACAGUCCAUACACAUAAAGCUCCAAAUACCAUUUUUAAAUCAGGCAUGUGCAUUUCAUAACUCAGCUUGAAAUUCUGAGAUCACAGCUAGUCUAAUGUGUAUAAUAUCGAAAUAAAAUGUUAUAAUUGUAAUAUUUGAGUGUAACAUUUGUAUAUAUGUAACUUAUAGACUGAA